AUGUCAUAUCCUCUUCCUGUCACUGCAAUGAUUUCUGGGGCAGAAAAAUCCAGUUUAGCCAUAUAUUUCAUGAGAGAAGGCCUGAAUUUUUGCAUCUCCUACCCUGGGAUUCCAUCGCUGGUGCUAGCAGAGUUCAACAGAAUAGCCGCCACAAAUCUCCUGAAUAACUUGCUUGACUCCUUGGAUCGCUACACACCACGCUUUGUCACAAUCUUCCAGUCCAAGAAAGGAAGUGUUGGAAGGACAUUGUCAAAGUUUGUGCAGCAAAUAAAUUCAGAGAAACCUGAUGUGACAGCAAUGCGCACUCUUGUGCUCCGAGGUCUCCCUGUUCUACUUGGGGAUGACCCCAGUAUAUUCUAUAUCACCUGCUUGCCUUCUAACAGCCAUGAGGCCUGGGCACACGUAUCUGUUGGACUCCUCACUGUCAUCGAUGAAGAUUUGCCUACUUCUCCAAAUCCUCUCCACCUUGACCCAGUGUCUAUUGCCAUCAUAGCUGAGGGAGGUAUUGUAAUGGAUGAUCUACAGAACCUUCCUCAAGCACUUUGCCUCUUCUUCGGACUGUCAAAUGCAUUACACCUGGAAUACCCUAAAACCAUGAAAAACACUUUUAACUUUAUUCAAAGAGUGAUGGUUGGCCUGGGAGAGAAUAAACUCCCACCAAAGAAUCUCCUGUUGAGUUAAAAUGUAAAGUUUGUUUGUUUUCCUGUGACCCAUUUGUAGCUCACAGUGGGACUAAAGUCAUGGCAUGGUGUAAAUGAGGCUUAAAUGAGAUGUCUCACCUGAUAUAUUCUCCUUUAAUUUAAUUGGACAUGGGAAAAAUUGCACUUAGUCCCAUGUCAGAGAAGGGGGAGCGCUGAGUGCUAUAUUGGGGAAUUCUGCUGACAGAGUGCUCCCAAGCCCGUCUCCCCGUCUACUGGGUUCUCCAGCUGAUUGAGACCCCAGGAGAGGGGGCGGAGCUUAGCUGGCACUAUCUUAGUGCUUUAGCCCAUGUCCUAUGUAAUUAAAGAAGAAUGUCUCUGGUGAGACUUCUCCUUUAAAGAAUGUUUUCAAAAGCACAAUGUCAGUUCACAUAAAAGUAAGAAAAAUACAAAAACAAAGUUUUAGAGAUCAAUGUUGUUACAGUUUAAAAGAGC